GGCACGUGACGAGUCAGCUGAUCGCCGCGGAGCCCUGCUCCGCUCCGGUCCCGUUGAACCUUUACGCUGGGGGAGCGACGGCGACCGGGCGAACGGCGGUGCUCGGCCUGACAGCUCGCUAGCUAGCGAGUUGGCUAGCUGGUUCGUUAGCAGCGGGUUCAUUAGUUAGCUAGCUUGGUAGCCGGAACGACUUCGUCAGUGUGCGAGUCAUUUAUCGGCACGUUGACGCCUUUUGUAGCAGCGGGUGUUACUUCCUUAACGCUGCUCGCUGUCUUUGUUUUGGCGAACGGUCGUCGGAGCGCGAUGACUUUCCAAACGCGGCUGCUCCGCUGCGGGCUGAUAACCGCCUCCCUGGUGUUACUGGCGCCGCUGUUUGGGUCCUGUCACCCGCCACGGAGCCCGGGGGAACCCGCGGUGGUGUUGAUGGAGCGGCUCGUGCACCCGGGAGUCCGGUUUAACUGGAGGAACGUCUCCUGCCCCCUGUGCAAAGCGCUCUUCACCAUCCUCGACGUCGCUCUGCUGAGUGACACAAAUGAAGAGCGUGUGGCGCGUGCCGUAGGCGAGGCUUGUAUCCGUCUCCAUCUGGCCGAUGAGCAGGUGUGUAUCGAAAUAACCGAGCUGUUCAGGACCGACUUCAUCCGGGCGCUGCAGGAGUCUCUGCUGUGGCCCACUGAAGCGUGUGCUCUGCUGGUGGGUCCUUCCUGUGGCAAAUUUGACAUCUAUGCACCCUGGAACAUCACCUUGCCUAAGAUCCCUAAGCCCCCAGUUACCCCUCCCUCCCCUCCUAAACCCGGCUCGCCAAAGAGCAGGGUCUUGUUUCUAACGGACAUCCACUGGGACCAGGAGUAUGAAGCUGGCAGUGGGGCAGAUUGCAAGGAGCCUCUGUGCUGUCGUAACAAAUCAGGUUCUCCCAGCUGGAAGCAGAGGAAGGCCGGGUACUGGGGAACCUAUGGAAAGUGUGACCUUCCUCUCCGGACAGUGGAGAAUGCCCUGGAGAAUGUUGCCAAAGCCGGACCCUGGGACUGGGUCUACUGGACUGGAGACAUACCAGCGCACAAUGUGUGGUCUCAGACCAGAACACAGCAGCUUUCAGAGCUUAAAAUCGUCUCCAGGCUCAUCAGAAAACACCUGGGACCUCAUGUGGCAGUUUACCCGGCUGUAGGAAAUCAUGAGAGCACCCCGGUGAAUAGCUUCCCACCACCCUUUAUUCAUGGAAACAGGUCGUCCGCCUGGCUUUACGAUACGAUGGCAGAGGAAUGGGCAGCGUGGUUACCAGAGCAGGCUUUGAAGACUCUGAGGUAUGGAGGAUUCUACACAGUGGAGGUUGAGCCUGGUCUGAGGGUCGUUUCCCUCAACAUGAACUUUUGUGCUCGGGAAAACUUCUGGCUGAUGGUGAACUCGACUGAUCCUGCUAACCAGCUGCAGUGGCUGGUCCACACUCUCCAAGACAGUGAGGACAAGGGAGAGAAGGUGCAUAUUAUUGGUCACAUACCACCUGGAUUAUGUCUGGGCAGCUGGAGCUGGAACUACUAUCACAUUGUCAACAGAUAUGAAAGUACAAUUGCCGGGCAGUUUUUCGGCCAUACACAUGUGGAUGAGUACCAGAUGUUUUAUGAUGAGGCUACAAUGACCCGUCCUCUGGGAGUAGCUUUUAUUGCUCCUAGUGUCACCACAUACGUAGAUCUUAACCCAGGAUAUCGUGUCUACUAUGUCGAUGGAAGCUACGAAAGCAGCUCUCGACUGGUGCUUGACCAUGAAACCUACAUCAUGAACCUUACAGAAGCAAAUCAGAGCCCAGAGCCGCCACACAACCCCGAACCAAACCCCAAGUGGACCCUUUUGUACCGUGCCACAGAGGCUUAUGGUGUACCCACUAUGUUCCCGUCUGAUUGUGAUGGUCUGAUUCGGACCUUCAUUAAUAAUGACAGAGCCUUCCAGAGGUUCUGGUACUUGCGGUUCAAAGGACAUGUGUCAGGGCCCUGUACGGAAACCUGCAAAACCACAGCACUCUGCUUCUUAAAAAGUGGGCGGUACGAAGAGCUGGAGAAGUGCGACAUGCUCAAUGGUUUUGGAGGAAGUUUGGUCCGGGCGGCCAGAAAUACACUUUGUUGAAGUGAGAAAGCUUGGCAUAAAGGGCUGGGAUUAAAAGCAAUAUGACCAAAUAUGAAAUCGAACCUAAAAAGUUAAUUUGGCCUGCUGUUUGUAGGUCAACGCAUGAAAUCCAAGUGCUCAACAGUUUAUGUGGCUUUUAAAGAUUUGACAGUGAAUGUCUGAUUACACCUGCUGUUAUUAGAAACCUUUCCAGUCUAAUUGUGUAAUUACUGUUUGUAAGAGAUGUUCUGUUUACAUGAAAAUAACACCAUGGCAGAGGUGAAGUGGGUUGUCAUGAUUUUGGCACUUCUGCUUUUUACUGUGUGCCUUGAAUCAGGGAAAAUGUUUAUUUGUAACGUGUCUGUCAACUCUUAAAUAUGCUAAAAUGCUGCAACGUAUAGAUAAUCUCAUGCAAUUAUCUGGAGGCUUGUUCUAAUGUAGUUUUCUAUUCAUCAGUUCUCAUCACACACACAAAGAAGUUUGCGCUUACUGACCCGUCAACAUUAUGGGAACUAAAUUUGUCAUAUUUUAGUAGGCCAAUUUAUUGAAUGAGAUAGAAUAAUGGACUUCAGCCAUUAUUUAUAAUGUGAGCUUUGCUUAAAUUCCACCUUGUCAGGAUAGAGUUGUCUGUGGACUGUGCAGAAUCUUCUGCCUCAGCACAACUGUAGAAAUAAAGUCUGCAUCAGUAUUUUUAGUUCAAAAGUUCACAUUUGUCUGCACUUUAAUUCUUCCAUUGACUGUACGUUGACUAAUUUAGAGCAUGUUGGGGAAGUCAUAAAACAUGAGCAUGACAAGAAAUGCACCUUGUAAAAUGAGCAAUAAUGAAGAGAUUGUAUAAAUUAUGAAUAAACACUGAAAAUCC